CGCGUACCUCGCCUGCACUCAGGCAAUCCGCGUACCUCGCCUGCACUCAGGCAAUCCGCGUACCUCGCCUGCACUCAGGCAACACGUCGUUGACUCUCCAUAAAUUGGGUCUGCGACAAGCGAUACAACUAUGAGGAAACAACUGGACCCCCGAAUCAAGGACUUGGUCGACAAUGGCGUCAAGAAGAACCACAGAUCGUUCAUAGUCCUGGUCGGAGACAAGAGCAGAGAUCAGAUCGUCAAUCUUCAUUUUCUUCUCUCACAAGCUCGAAUAUCUGCGAGGCCGUCGGUCCUGUGGUGUUACAAGAAGGAGCUAGGCUUUACGAGUCAUCGUAAGAAACGGGAGGCAAAGAUCAAGCGGGAUGUGAAGCGAGGUAUUCGGGAAGCAAAUGAACAGAAUCCAUUUGAGAUUUUCGUGACUGUCACCGACAUCCGCUAUACCUAUUACAAAGAAUCGCAUAAAAUUAUCGGUCAAACGUUUGGAAUGUGCGUCCUGCAGGAUUUCGAAGCCAUCACCCCCAAUCUCCUCGCUCGUACCGUCGAAACCGUCGAAGGUGGUGGGUUGGUUGUACUCCUCCUCAAAACCAUGACCUCUCUCAGGCAACUGUAUACCAUGACUAUGGACGUCCACUCUCGAUACCGCACAUCCGCUCACGAUACAGUUGUCGCCCGCUUCAACGAACGAUUUAUCUUGUCCCUUGGUUCAUGCGAUGAUUGCCUUUUCCUUGACGACGAGCUCAACGUCCUUCCGAUUUCUCGUGGCAAGAAUAUCCGUCCCAUCGAAGAUACAGGCAAAGGAAAACAGAAAUCCAAGUUAGAGGUGGAACUCGGUCAACUCAAGGACAGCCUCGCAGAUACAAAGCCUAUUGGAGAGCUGGUGAAGUUGGCGAGGACGAUCGAUCAGGCACAAGCUGUCCUCACGUUCGUUGAUGCCAUUGCGGAGAAGACGCUGUCCUCGACUGUGACGCUGACAGCUGGACGUGGACGAGGAAAGUCGGCUGCGUUAGGUCUAGCAAUCGCGGCCGCGCUUGCUCACGGAUACUCGAAUAUAUUUGUGACGAGUCCAAGUCCGGAGAACCUGAAGAGCCUCUUCGACUUUGUCUUCAAGGGGAUGGAUGCGUUGGGUUACGAGGAGCACCUCGACUAUGAUAUUCUCCAAAGCACCAAUCCCGACUUCAACAAGGCUAUCGUGCGUGUUAAUAUCUUCCGACAACAUAGGCAGACUAUACAGUAUAUACAACCUCAAGACGCACAUGUACUAGGGCAAGCUGAACUGGUCAUUAUCGACGAAGCCGCAGCAAUACCUCUGCCUCUCGUGCGCAAUCUCAUCGGCCCUUACCUGGUGUUCAUGGCUUCGACUAUCAACGGAUACGAAGGCACUGGCCGUUCCCUGUCCCUGAAACUCAUACAACAACUUCGCGAGUCUACUCGACCAUCUCUGAGCAAGGAUGUUAACAACACCGAGGGUGCCGAGGCUGCUACGACGUCCUCGUCUUCCAAGAAGGCUCUGAGCAAAGCGCCAGCGAAAGUCCGAACGCUUCGCGAAAUCAAGCUCGAAACACCAAUACGAUAUGCGCCUGGUGACAAAGUAGAGAAGUGGUUGAACACCUUGCUCUGUCUAGACGCCACCGUCACAUCCGCAAACAGGGCUCAAGGGUGCCCGCACCCGUCGUCUUGCGAGCUCUUCUACGUUUCCAGGGAUACCUUGUUCAGUUUCCACCCUGUGUCAGAGACCUUCCUACAACGAAUGAUGGCGUUGUAUGUGGCCAGUCACUACAAGAAUCAGCCCAACGAUUUGCAGCUCAUGUCUGAUGCGCCUGCGCACCACCUCUUCGUUCUUUUACCCCCCAUCGCGGACGAUGAGACGCACUUACCGGAACCAUUGGUGGUGCUUCAAGUUGCUCUCGAAGGAAACAUUAGCAAACAGGCUAUUAUGGAUAGUCUCGGUCGCGGAUACAGGGCAGGUGGAGAUAUGAUACCUUGGAUAAUAUCACAACAAUUCCAGGAGAACAAGUUCGCUCUCCUGUCAGGUGCACGUGUCGUACGUAUCGCUACCCACCCAGACUAUGUCAACAUGGGAUACGGAGCUCGCGCGAUGCAAGCUCUGAACUCGUAUUAUAGCGGGGAGUACUUUGACUUGGCUGAAUCAUCACGGGCAGAGGAGUCCUACCCAAACCCAGCAGACGUCGAUGAGUCCACCAAUUUGUUGACGGACGUCCCAUCCAUCCGAGCCCCGACAGCCAUGCCCCCGCUGCUUCAGCGCCUCCCUGAAAGAAAACCCGAAAAUCUUGACUACCUCGGUGUUUCCUAUGGACUCACAUCUCCAUUACUCAGGUUCUGGAAACGGGCAGGUUAUGUGCCACUAUAUAUACGCCAAACGACGAGCGAAUUAACGGGCGAGCAUACAUGUGUCAUGGUACGCGGCCUCAACAGCUCCGUGAAAACCGAGCUAGAAUGGCUUGGGGAGUUCGCAAAGGAUUUCCGCCAUCGAUUCCUCAGCCUCCUGUCUUUCAAGUUCCGGGAGUUCGGUAGCGUGACAGCGCUCAGCGUCUUGGAGGCCGCCAAUGCAGGCGUCAAACUACUGGAGAACGAAGGGAUCAAAGACCUCACGGCCCCGGAGCUAUCAAUCUUCGUGACGCCGUUCGAUUUGAAGCGCCUGGAAUCCUAUGCAAAUAACAUGCUGGAUUAUCAUGUCAUUCUUGAUUUGCUGCCGACGGUCGCAUCUCUCUUUUUCGAGAAGCGACUAGGUGACCAGGUUUUACUUAGUGCAGUGCAAAGCUCCAUAUUGCUCGCUCUAGGCUUGCAACGGAAGACAGUAGAGGAAGUAGAAUCAGAGCUUCAGCUUCCGGUCUCACAGACGCUGGCGCUCUUUGUGAAGAUAGUCCGCAAGAUAAGCAAGCGAUUACAAGAUAUUCAAAAAGCUGCAAUCAGCGCCGAGUUGCCUGCCGCAGUUUCGAACGGACCUCGUAUCCAGAGCAAUGGCGCUGCGGAGCCCGUAGAGAGCAAGCUGCAGGAGGAACUCGAGGAAGCGGGGAGAGAAGUUACAUCGGCGCUACGUGAGAAGCAGCGCGCCAUGAUCGAUUCCCUGGACCUAAGCAAGUAUGCGAUUGCCGACUCCACCAAUUGGGAUGCUGCGAAGUCGCAAAUCGCGAAUAGUCUCGGCCAGAAAAACCGUACGAAUAUCGUGAGCAUCAAGAGUGAUGGGGCGGGGCAAAAGCGCAGCCGUCAGGAGGACGAUGAGAAAAGCAAAGAGAAAAAGCCCAACAGGAGAUCCAAAAAGGUGAAGCGGUAGCCUUACUGGGAUCCAUACACGCGUUACAAAUAUACUCUUCGUGUGCGAGCGGCAAUGCAACGCUCCGUGCCGACUGGGGCCGUUAUCACAUCACAUUACCCCCAUGAUAUACGAGAUGAUGUUGCAAGCUUCGGUCUUGCACGCUCGGGAGCGGCCAGCAGCGUGUAACGGAGAUGUUCGAAACGA